GUUAGAAAAUUAUAUAAUGGUGUAAAUUUCAAAACAAAUUGUUUGAAUGUCUGUAAAUAUUCGCCAGAAAGUUCUCCAAAGCUUUAAAACUCUUCAUAAAACAAGGCUAAACGUUUUCAAUGGCGAUGCGUUAGCUUUAAGUGAGGCUAGAAAGAAAAUCAAUGAAGAAUACAAGAAAAACAAACAUGUUACAGACCAAACAGCUAUCGAAGAAUUGAUUAAAUAUUCAAAUGCGGUGGAACAAGAAUUAAAAAUGUGUGUUAUACAAGCUAAAGAAGUAGAACCAGGUGUUUAUCAAGCUACAAUAACAAAGGAUACAGCAAAAUUAGAUAAUAUGCCCUUUGAUGAAUUUGCUAGUGUAACGCAAUCUAGAAGAAAAACGCAUUCAAAAUGUCAACAAAACGAAAAAUGAAAUAUUUUAUAUAUUAUUUAAAUGGUACAAAAGUAAUUUUAACCUAGGUAUUAAAAGUGUAUUUAUUAUCAUGUGUUUAUCUUUUUGCAUCUUCUAUUUCACUUGAACUUGACGUACAUAAAAACAAGUUUACCUAAGACGUUUGGAUUUAGUUCAGGACAGAAGCACUUUAUUUAAAUAACACUUUAGGUACCUUAAAUCUCAUCUAAUUAUUGCAAUUUUUAAGUUAGAUUAAGUUAACAGUUAUUUAUUUUUAAUACAGAAAAAUGUAUUAUAAAAUUAAAAUCCGUUUAUUUCCUAAUCUAAGUUUAUUUCAC